AUUUUGAACCCAAGGAGGGCUUUCUCUGGGUGGCAAUUCCUCAGUUGCCGCUGACCCGAAUCCUAAAGGUCUCCCCUCCCCGCAGGAGGACCACAAGCCCCGAAGUCUCUCCAGCGGUCACCUGAAACACCUGGCCUCCAAGGUGGAUCUCCAGCGCCUUUGGGGCACUUACCUGCAGCCCAUGCUGGUGGAGAGGUACCCUGGCAGUCCCGGGAAUCGGAGAGUCCGGCAGUUCAUCACAGAAAGGCUGAGGAUGCUGGAGGCUUCAUGGCACGUAGAACUGGACACUUUUGAGGACAGCACGCCCCACGGCACCGUCAACUUUGCCAAUGUGGUGGCAACGCUGGAUCCCGCAGCGCCCAGGUGCCUGACGCUGGCCUGCCACUACGAUUCGAAAUACUUCCCCCGUGACGAGCACGGCCGAGCAUUCCUGGGGGCCACAGAUUCGGCUGUGCCUUGUUCGAUCCUGCUGGAGCUGGCGACGGCGCUGGACAAGGAGCUCCUGAAAACCAAAGAACAGGGUGCUCCCAUGACCCUCCAGCUUCUGUUUUUUGAUGGCGAGGAAGCCUUCAGAGAAUGGAGCAAAACAGACUCUCUCUACGGAGCCCGUCAUCUGGCUGAACGCAUGGCAAAGGCCCCUCACCGCCCGGGCUCAACCCAGCUCCAAGCUAUUUCCCUCUUUGUUCUCCUGGACCUGCUGGGAGCCCGGGAGCCCACCAUCCGGAACCAUUUUGUGGCAACCGCUGGUUGGUUUGAAAGGCUUGUCAGCAUCGAAAAGCGACUACAUCGGCUAGGGCUUCUGGAGUCUCACCCCAAAGAGGAGAUGUAUUUCCACCGGGAUCCCGUCUUCGGCCCCAUUGAGGAUGAUCAUGUGCCCUUCCUCCGGAAAGGCGUCCCCGUGCUUCACCUCAUUGCCACCCCUUUCCCUGAUGUCUGGCACACCAUGGAAGACACAGAAGCAAAUUUGCAUCCGCCCACCAUUCGGAAUUUAAGCAAGAUCCUCGCCACUUUCUUGGCGGAAUACCUGAGGCUCUAGGUGGAAGGGACCCAGAUGACUUGAGACACCUUCGGAUGAGACACGGAAAGGUCACGGAGGGGGAAAAAAAAGAGAUUUGUUACAUGAGCAAAGCAAGUUCCUGUUGGAGACUCGGAAAUGUCAUUCAAGGGGAGUGAGAGAGAGGGAGUAGACCUUGUGUGGUGUGUGAGAAGGACACACUUGACUUGGGUGUAGGGAGCCAUGCGUUUUGUAGGAAGAGGUGCCACUACCAACCAAGGAGGCCACAGCGGGCAGGCGGGAUGGUGAGGUGGCCAUCUAAGCAGACAUGAAACACAGAUGUUGGCAGCCCGGCUCUGGAAGUCCAAAUGGCGGCAGGAAGGAGAAGAUUGCUGAGGAACGUCCUUCAGUCCCAAAGGAAUUUUCUUGGCCUAUCAGUUGUUCCUGAAAGUUUGGAGGAGGGUCGGGUCUUUCUCCUACUCCCCGUGGGAGUGUCUGUUUCGGACUAGGUGGGACCAGUCUGGUUGGCAAUGUUUUCUUGCAGCCCUUCCGUCCUUGAUAGUCCUGUGAGGCGCACACUGUUUAGGGGUGGUUUUUUGGGGAUUUUUUUGGACUACAAAUCCCACAAUCCUCCAUUCUGGGAGUUCUACCUGGCACACAGACACCUAAAUGUGGCUCGCCUGGGAAAAAAAGGCCUGGCCUGGAAGGCUUCGAGGCCUAACUAGGCCUAGCUCCAACCCGCCUUCCUGUUCCUGUCCUGCUGCUAGCUGGGAGCUUUCUUUCUGAACAGGAAGCUAGGCCUAGCUAGGCCUUCCCGUUCAGGCUCAUAGAAAUAAGCAUGGUCAUACAGCGGUGCUUCGCUUAACGACGUUAAUUCGUUCCAGUGAAAUCGCUGUAGAGUGAAAACGUCGUAAAGCGAAAAUAAA